UACUCUAGGUAACAGGUCAAACAAACACGACUGUGACAAAUGCCGUACCUUGAACAAGUCGUACCUUAGCUUCACUAACUAAUUGUUGUGCGGUGCCCACUGGACCGGUGACAUGCAUAAGAAGGUUGUUCAGAGCUUUGAAAAGAUGACGAUUAACCUUUGGUUAGUGAAAGAGAUUUUUGAGCUCAUCUUCGGAACAGUUUUUUACUUUUUCGAAGCCUUUGUUCGACUCUUUAUUCCUCAUCCCAGAAAAGAUGUGGAGGGGGAGAUCGCCUUAGUGACUGGAGCAGCAAAUGGGAUUGGAAAACUGAUUGCCAAAGAACUUGGCCACCAUGGAGCAACAUUAGUACUAUGGGACAUUAAUACAGAGGCACUUGAUAAGGCAGCAAAAGAAUUACGGCAAGCAUUAGAUGUGCGUGUUUAUGCCUACGCCUGUGAUUGCAGCAGAAGAACUGAUGUUUACAAAGUUGCUGAACUGGUUAAAAGGGAAGUUGGAGACGUCACAAUCCUGGUGAAUAAUGCAGGUGUGGUAACAGGAAAAUAUACUUUUACUGAAGCUCCUGACAAUUUAGUGGACAGAACACUGAGGGUUAAUGUUGCUGCUCAUUUCUGGACGUACAAGGCAUUUUUGCCAGUUAUGUUACAACGGAACCAUGGGCAUCUAGUCUGUGUGGCGUGUCAUGGAGGGUUGUUCGCUAUGAAUGGCCUUUCAGACUAUUGUGCGAGUAAGUUUGCGGCGGUGAGUUUUGCAGAAUCCAUUGCACUGGAACUGCUUGUCCUCCAAAAGGAAGGCAUCAAAACAACAAUAGUAUGCCCCUAUCUUAUAAACACUACAAUGUUUGCAGGAUGUCAAACAAAGAGACCAUCUUUUCUGCCAAUCUUGGAUAAGAGAGAUACAGCAAAAAAGAUUGUGGAUGCCAUAUUACGAGAGCAGAUGUACCUGUUGUUACCUUCAAGUCUAUACUUCAUGAUGGCACUCAAAAGUCUCAUGCCUACUAAACUUGGCAUCAUCUUUAUUAACUUCUUCGGUGGUAUGGAUUUAAUGAAUCACUUCAGAGGGGUUCCUGUACCCAUUAUCAGCUACAAAAAGCCUCAGCGCCAAAGAAAUGAUAGCGGCAGUGAUCCACAGACCCCACUUAUCUAUUACAACUAGGCAAACUGUGUUAUAUAUUAUGAACAAUACCUCUUUUAAACCAAUGCUUUGUAUAGCAAAAAAAUUCUCUGUGGUCUAUUUUGUCAUUUUUCUUACUACAUAUUGUAUAAAGCAAACCUCUUCGUGCAUAA